UAUACAUGUGGCUUGGAGAUAGGGGCGCCUUCUCAACCUCGUUGGUACUCCGGGUACUCCGGUUUCCUCCCACAGGAAAGACCCCUGCGUGUGCGCUAAGAUAAGAAAAAGAUGACUUGUCUGCGAUGUCACCUUCAGUGGAAGCAGACGUUAAACACCAAGAACAACAACAGUUCUUGACCAAUCUGGAAAAUAUCUUUCUAGGGAGCCAAUGGCUGAAGCAGGCAUUAACAAUGAUGAAGAGAUGAAAGAUGUAGAAGACUGUAAUUAUCAACCACAGAAAUAUUGGGGUUUGGAUUAUCAUUUCAGAUCGUGUUUAAAGCUCUAUAUAUGUGAAAUAUUGCAAGCACCAUAUAAUACUCCAUAUAAAGGACUGUUUGCAUACAAAAAUCAUCCAUUUCAGAAAGUUGACAUAAUGGGUGUGGUUGUUGGUAUUGAUGAAAGAACUAGAUGUUAUACCUAUAAUGUUGAUGAUGGAACUGGAGUAAUCACUUGCGCAAUUUGGAACAAUCUACCAGUUGAUAAUUAUUCAUUAAGAAGAUUACCAGGUAUAUUGAUAAAGAAAUUAGAUGAUAUCUGUAAACCAACACUAUAUGAACUGGGCGAUAUGAUACAUGUUUGUGGUAAACUCAAGAUGUUUAGAAAUAUGCGAGAGAUUGUUUCUUCCUAUCACAAUAAGAUUCUGGAUCCAUCAACAGAGUUACAUAGAAUUAAAGAAUUACCUCAUCUCCACCAACAAUUUUAUAAUGAAUCUUUUACACUACCAAAAACAAUACAAGAUCAGGAUAAAACUUGAUUAAUAUAUUGAAUAUAAAGUAAAUAUUACUGUAUACACAAACUAAAUCAAUCUAACAGUGAUAUAGGAGACCUCCAUCACAAAUAUAAAACUAAAUAUGAUGGUGGUGAAGGUGAUGGAUUAUCUGGUAUCCUGUCUGAAUCAUUCUAGCCGAAACUGUCUCGGUAUGAUACACAAAUUAGCUUGAAUUGUCUAUACAGUAUCACAUGAACUGUAUAGGCUACAUUAUGAACAACUAGUUUUCAUUACACAUCUGAGGCUUGUUUAUCUAGACCAAUAAUUGUAGUUAAGUCAUCAUUACUAAAUGUCAGACCAGAGUAAAAAAACUCUUUAAUAAAUACAAGUUCAGAUACAAGAAAAUAAAUAUGAUUUUGUUUAAUUGGUAUUAUUUAUAAUUGAGGAAUGUUUAUAAUGGGAAGUUUUUAUAAAAUAGUGCU